AUGCAACCGACCAAGAUUUAUUACAAUCUUCCCAUAGAAAACAUUGCCCCCUUACUUCAGGGUGAUGACUCCGUGCCCCAGUUGUCAAUGUAUUGGCUUCGGCACCGGUUUGUUGAUGCUGAAGCCUCUGAUUUAGAGUACAAUAAAAGUAAACCGCAAGACUGUUUUGAUGAUCUUCAAAACACUUUACCCUCUCAUGGGGGGCUCCUAGGAAACGAUGAUGUUUUGGCGCAGUUUUUGUCGGCAGACGGACCAUUGGAAGAACCAGAUUUGAAUGGACCCACUACUUUGCAUUGUGAAAUAUGUAGUAAAAAGUUUGAUAAUGCUAAAAAGUAUUAUGGCCAUUUAAGAGUUCAUUCAAAAGAAAAUCUUUGGAUAUGUGAUAAAUGCCCUGAUCAGAAGUUUUCUACUAAGCAGCAACUGAUGAAACAUGGGUUAACACAUAAACCUCUGGCUUGGGUUUGGAAAUGUCCCCAGUGCACCAUGGCUUUUGAAGCACUAUGGAGGUUGCAGCAGCAUCUCUUUGCAAAGCAUUUGGAUUAUAGACCUCAUAAAUGUGAUCAGUGCGAAAAAGCCUUUUACAAGUCCUCCGAUUUGAAAAAACAUAAGUAUAUACACAAUGAUGUAAGAAAGUAUCCAUGUCCUACCUGUGCCAUGCAGUUUAGAGAUAAAUCAAACCUUAAGCGCCACAUAUUAACACAUACAAAUGAGAAACCAUUCUGCUGUGCUGGUUGCGGAAAUAGGUUUAAACAGCUGGCGUCUAUGAAAAGGCACAGACAAAACUGCGCAUUGAACAAUAAGUAUCAAAAUGAAAUUGUUGAUAAAACAGUUCGAAAAAAUCACUGUAGAGUUUGCGGUAUGACAUUUCAAUUUAAAAGCGCUUUGUUGGAGCAUUGUGUCAGACAACACACCAACCCAACUAAGGAUGCCAGCAAAGAGGAGAAGGUGAAUCCUAUAAGCGCAGACACAAACCGUACAGUGGACAACAUCGUGGACGACAUUUUGUCCGCCGAGGACGAUUACAUGACUAUACGAGGCCAGCGGGACAUGCAGUUCAGCUCGGAACAGGCGAGCGACGACUACCUGAUGCAGAUGCAGGUCGAGUUCCUCAAGGAGAUGAACCAGCUGCACUCGUUGGACGACGAGCUGCUGUACCACGACAUCGACCUGGACGGGAUCCAGAGCGGCCAGGUGUUCGGUGCCACAAGUAGCGGCUACCAGGACGACAGGGCCGCGGAGAUACUGUUCGACUUCGCCGACGGCGGCAGGAGCAUCGACCAGGAGAUCAUGAACGCGCUCUGCCAGGCGAAGGGCGACGGCCUGCCGGACGAGCUCCUCGGCGCGGACAUCGGCUUCGGCUGCAGCGAGCCGCCGGUGUCGGUGAACGAGUGCGACACGAUCUUCGAGAGCGACGUGGACCUUGAGGCGAGCGCGAACCUCGCCGCCAACCUGAACCAGCUGAUCGGCGAGAACAGCGUGCAGUACAUAUCGACCGAGGACGACGACACGUUCAUAAUAAGCCUCAACAGCGAGAUCGACGCGGAACAGCUGACGGACAUGCUGAACAUCGGGGCGGAGGGAGAGGCGCCCGAAUUGACGGUGAAUGGAGACGCGGGGGCGGUGAAAAUGGAGCCGCCGAACGACUGCGUCCAACCGAUAGUGGUGAAGAUAAGCGAGCUGAAACAGGGCGCCGAUGCCGCGAAGAGCGUGAAGGCGAGGGGGAAGAAGAAAGUGAUAUACGUCUGUCGCACUUGUAACAAGGUGUUCAAGAAGAAGGACAAUUAUCGCUCGCAUAUGGCGACGCACGAGCCGUCGCUGCGCAAGCACGCCUGCGCCGUGUGCGGCGCCCGCUUCGGCUACCGCUCCACGCUGAACAAGCACCGCGCGAGGGCCCACGAGCCGAGGGUGCUGCCGGAGCACAAGUGCCGCCUCUGCGACGCCUCCUACAGCGCCGCUUGGAUGCUAAAGAACCACAUCAAGCGCGAUCACGAGAAGCUGACGCCGUACGAAUGCGACAACAAAAACUGCGGCAGGAAGUUUUACAAGAAGACGGAUCUCGAUGUACAUAAAAGGUACCACACCGGCGAGCGUCCGUACGUCUGCUCGAUUUGCAACAGUUCGUUCCCGCACGUGUCCCAUCUCAAACGACACGAGCGCGCCGUCCACUGCACCGACAAGGCCAACAAGAACCGU